AUGAAUGAGAUAGUUCGUUUACCGAUGAUGAAACUCCUAUUACACGAAGAUAAUAAAGUGGACUCAGUGAUAGUCCUGAGUUGGCUGGCCUAUUGUUUUAUGCUAAAGGCGGAGCUAUCUGACUUUGCAUUGAGCAGUCCCAGCUCAUAUUCAGUUAGCGUUUUAGUAAGCGCCAGUAAUGCUCUACCAUCUGUUUAUAACGAAUUUUCAGAAGGGAUUCUUUUUUUUUUGUUAAAAAAUGGUCAUUUGUUUCAGGUUCUUUCGGUAUUUGAAUGUCCUGUGUGUUUGGAGUAUAUGUUGCCACCAUACCUGCAGUGUCAAGCUGGUCAUCUAGUGUGCGGUAAUUGUCGUCCUAAACUUCAAUGCUGCCCAACUUGCAGAGGACCCACUCCAAGCGUACGUAAUCUCGGCCUUGAAAAAAUUGCUAACACAGUUCGUUUUCCGUGUAAGUUUGCAUCGUCUGGUUGUCCACAUGUCUUCUAUCACUUUGACAAAGUUGAGCACGAGGAGAUUUGCGAAUGCCGACCUUAUAGCUGUCCGUGUCCAGGCGCUGCUUGCAAAUGGCAGGGGGCAUUAAACGAUGUUAUGGAUCAUCUGAAAAAGGUGCACAAAAGUAUAACUACUCUCCAAGGAGAAGAUAUUGUAUUUCUCGCAACUGAUAUCAACUUGCCCGGUGCUGUAGAUUGGGUUAUGAUGCAAAGCUGUUUUGGGUAUAAUUUUAUGCUCGUGUUAGGUAAAUUU